CUCAGCACAACUGUGCAGGCGGGGUUUUCUCCGCUCGCCAAGUAUUCAGAAAAAGUCCCUUCCCCUCUCAAAAAGUUUUAAACUGAUGGUCGCUCUAACGCUUGGAGUUGAAAGAGUUCCAAUAACGUGUCAGCCGCAACGCGUCACCUUUAACGGCAGAUUACAUCGACUAUCUGUGGUGGAGGAGUAGAGGGAAGAGGAGGAGGGAGUCUGCUGGCUCCUGGUACCAAACAGCCCGGAGCUGCCUCUUAAAACCACGGCAGCGAUUUGCUCAACAGUCACAUAAAACAACGAUCAAUUUAAAAACUCCAGUACCGAUGGCCGCCAGGGCUAAAUGGGGGACGGCGAAGGAUCUGGUGACCAGCAGCGGUCCAGACGCCGACGCCCAGCUGGACGCCAACCUGGAGGAUGCAGACCCAGAGCUCUGCAUCCGACUGCUCCAGGUCCCGACGGUGACCAACUACUCAGGGCUGCUGAGGCGCCUGCAGUCCAGCAGCACGGCCUGGAAGGUGCAGUUCCUGGAGCUGCGCGGGCUGGACCUGCUGCUGGAGGCCUUGGAGCGAGUGUCCGGGCGGGGGUGCCUGCACAUCACCGACGCCCUGCUCCAGCUGAAGUGCGUGGCUUGCGUGCGCGCCGUCAUGAAUUCCAAGACUGGCCUUGACUUCAUGCUGGACAACCAGGGAUACGUUCGAACGCUGGCCCAGGCUCUGGACACGUCUAACAUGAUGGUGAAGAUGGAGGUGUUUAGGCUGCUGUCGUGCAUCACGCUGUAUAAAGUCAGUGGACACCAGCAGACCGUCGAUGCCCUGGAGCACUACAAGAGCCUGAAGAAGCAGCAGUAUCGGUUCAGCGUGAUCAUGAACGAGCUCCACGCCACGGACAACGUGGACUACUUGGAGACCCUCAUGGGCAUGGUGAACACGCUGCUUCACGGCCUGGACGACCUCCGCAAGAGGGACAAGCUGCGCAAGGAAUUCAUAGGUCUGCAGCUGCUUGACCUACUGCCCCGACUAAGGGAUAUGGAUGACAUGAAUCUGAACCACCAGUGCGAAACAUUUGAGAACUCGCUGGCAGAGGACGAGGAUGACAUGAUGGAGAUGUAUGGUGGCAUCAACAUGAGCAGCCACCAAGAUGUCUUCACCAGCCUGUUUACCAGAGUGAGCAGCACCCCGGCAUCGCUCCACCUGCUGUCAGUCCUUCAGGCUCUGCUGCUGGUGUCUCCAAACAGGACAGACGUCUGGGGGGUCCUGGAGACCCUGGGGGACCGAGCCAUGCUGCUGUCCCAGGAUGAUCAGAUCCCAGAGGAAUCCGCGGAGCAGCUCUUAUCUAGGUUCCUUCCCUCAAAGGCCCUGCCUCCCCCUGUCUCCCCCAAUCGGAGGGUCCCGACCACUGACAUGGCGGUCCAGACUGUAUUGAUGGACAGCCUUUCUGACCUAUCCCAAACCACUAAUCUAUCACCUCCUCCACCUCCUCCUCCCCCACCACUGCCUCCGUGUUUAGGAGGUCCUCCUCCACCUCCUCCUCCCCCAUCUCUGCCUCCGUGUUUAGGAGGUCCUCCUCCACCUCCUCCUCCCCCACCUCUGCCUCCGUGUUUAGGAGGUCCUCCUCCACCUCCUCCUCCUCCUCCACCUCCUCCACUUCCCCCUGGCAUUGGAGGAGGUCCUCCUCCACCUCCUCCACUUCCCCCUGGCGUUGGAGGCGGUCCACCUCCUCCUCCACCUCCUCCUCUUCCCUUUGGAGCUCCUCCUCCUCCUCCUCCUCCUCCUGGUGGAAUGAUUGAAGCCAAUGUUUCUCGAGGGCUUGGCAGAGCUUACAUUAAGUCCGCCCCCCCUGGUCGCUGCCCCACCCAGCGCAUGAAGAAACUCAACUGGCAGAAAAUGACCAUCUUAGAGGGUCACUCCAUGUGGACCUCUGCUUCAUCCGGACCCCUGGAGCCCAACUACACCAGCAUCGAGGAGCUGUUCGCUCUGCCGAAGACCGACGGCCCGGCUAAAGCCACCGGGCCCCCGGCCAAGCCCAAGGAGAUAUCUUUCAUCGACGGUAAAAAAAAUCUGAACCUCAACAUCUUCCUGAAGCAAUUCCGAUGUUCCCAUGAGGAGUUUGUGGCAAUGAUCCAGAGAGGAGACGGCUCCAAGUUUAACGUUGAGACGCUGAAACAGCUGCUGAAACUGCUCCCAGAGAAACACGAGGUGGAGAACCUGCGCUCCUAUGAAGGAGAACCAGACAAGCUGGCUGACGUCGACCGCUUUUAUCUCCUCCUGCUGGCUGUCCCAUGCUACACGCUGCGUAUAGAUUGCAUGCUGCUGAGCGAGGAGACCAGCGUUGUGUUGGAGAGUUUGAUGCCCAAAGCCCAGCUGGUGGAGCAAGCCUGCAAGAGCCUUAAGAACAGCCCACGCCUGCCCAGUUUCUGUAAACUUACCCUCGACAUCGGGAACUUUCUCAACUAUGGCAGCCAUACAGGGAACGCAGAAGGGUUUAAGAUCAGCACUCUGCUCAAAUUGACGGAGACCAAAGCCACAGGGUCACGGAUCACCCUGCUCCACCACAUGAUAGAGGAGGCUGAGAAGAACCAUCCUGACCUGCUGAAGUUACCAGAGGAUCUGGAUAUCUGUGACAAGGCCGCUGGGGUGCCCCUGGAGUCUAUCCAGUCGGAGGCCGCCACCCUCAUCAGGUUCCUGGAGAACACGCAGAAGAAGGUGGAGGCUUCCUCUGCGGAGGACCUGAAGGAGAACUACCUCUCGGCCAUCAAGGACAACCUGGCCGGCUGCAAGAAGCUACAGGAGAUGUUCACGUCCAUCGAGGAAGAGAAGAGGACGCUGGCGGUGUACCUCUGUGAAGACCCCUCCAGGCUGGACCUGCAGGACGUCUUCAACACCCUCAAAGCCUUCAGAGCGCUCUUCAUCAAAGCCUACAAGGAGAACCACAGCCGCAGGGAGCAGGCUGUCAAGGUGGAGCGGCGGCGCAAGCAGCAGCAGGAGGAGGAGAGCAAACGACCCAAAGGGGAGGAUGGAAAGCGCUUGAGGAAGACUGUGGCGGUACAGGAGGAAGGCUGCAUCAUAGACAACCUGCUGGCGGACAUCAGGAAAGGCUUCUGUCUCAAGAAGAGCAGAUCCCGCCCCGACGCAGACACACUCCCCCCUAACGCAGACACACUGGCCCCUGACGCAGACACACUGGCCCCUGACGCAGACACACUGGCCCCUGACGCAAACACACUGGCCCCUGACUCAGACACACUGCCCCCUGCUGGCACCACCGAGGACAGCGGGCAGCCUGAACCACCACAUCUUCCAGAAGCUCCAGAACCGGCAGGCCUCCCAGAACCACAACAAUCUUCCCCCAACACAAAGGAGGACCGGCUCUACGGAUCCACGGUGGUCCUCAGUUUCUCUGACCUCCCCGUUCUUGAGAGUUCUUUCCCGUCUCCGCCCGCCACCCCCACGCUCACCGCAGAGCCCAGGCCCCUGAUCACAUCCACUCCUGACUGGCGGGUCAGGGAGGAGGGAGGCGCGGAGCGUCCAAGCAUCACCAACGCCGCGCUGGAGGGGGCGGGAGAGGAG